GGGGGGACAUGAACAUGGACAUGAACAUUUUGUCUGAGCCGUAUUAUUAUAACUGGUACCUGGCUCUUCUGCUCACAGGUGCAAUAAAUAUUCGUGCGAAUCUCUUCGUCGCUCCAUCUCUUUCCUUUCUCUCUAUUCUUUUUUCACCAUCCAGCUUCACCUUCCACAUCCUACAUUCCCACUACCACCCACCACUACUCAUCUCCCUGACCUGACCCACCCAUCCCACCCCUCCGUAACGACUCUCUCUUUCGCACCCAUAUCACUUUCCACCCUAUCCACUAUCUUUCUCGUCCCUUCGUUCUCAUAAUGUCUGAUAUCACUGAGCAAAUCGUCGUUGUUCCCACCCAAGUCAAGGAGGUGGCCCCAGCCCCUGCUCCCGCUGUCGAGGCUGCGGUUGAACAGACUGCGAUCACAUCAGAUAAGGAAACUCAGGAGGCCCAGGAGGCCCUUGCCAAGGAGCUUGGACAGGAGGAGACCGCUCGUGUGGAGGUCGAGGCCAAGAAGACCCCAGACGAGGAGGCUGCUCGCUUGGCCGCAGAAUUCAAGGCUGCUGAGGAAAAGGUUGCUGAGGAGAGACGCAUCGCUGAAGAGAAAGCCGUCGAGGAGAAGCGCAUUGCCGAGGAGAGGGCUGCUGAGGAAAAGCGCAAGGCUGAGGAGGAGGCUGCCCGUCUGGAGGCUGAGGCUAAGAGGGCUGCGGAAGAGGAAGCCGCCCGUGUUGCCGCCGAAUUGAGGGCUGCAGAGGAAAAGGCCGCCGAGGAAAAGCGCAUCGCUGAGGAGAAGGCUGCUGAGGAAAAGCGCAAAGCUGAGGAGGAGGCUGCCCGUCUGGAGGCUGAGGCUAAGAGGGCUGCGGAAGAGGAAGCCGCCCGUGUUGUCGCCGAAUUGAAGGCUGCAGAGGAAAAGGCCGCCGAGGAGAGACGCGUCGCUGAGGAGAGGCGUAUCGCUGAGGAGGAGGCCGCCCGAGUCGCUGCAGAGGAGAAGCGCAUUGCUGAGGAGGCUGCUGCUGCUGCUGCCGCCGCUGAGGCUGAAGCCGCUCGCAUGGCCGAGGAGGAGAGACUCGCCGCUGAGGCCGAGGCUGCUCGUGUUGCUGCUGAGCUCAAGGCUGCGGAGGAAAGGGCUGCAGAAGAGAAGCGCGUGGCCGAGGAGGAGGCUGCUCGUGUUGCUGUUGAGCUCAAGGCUGCGGAGGAAAAGGCUGCGGAGGAGAAACGUAAGGCUGAGGAAGAGGCCCGCAUUGCUGCCGAGAAGGCUGCCGAGGAGGAGGCCGCUCGCAAAGCUGAGGAAGAGAGACUUGCUGCAGAGAAGGAAGCCGCUCGUCUGGAGGCCGAAGCCAAGAAGGCUGCUGAGGAGGAGGCUGCUCGUCUCGCUGCCGAGACCAAGGCUGCCGAGGAGAAGCACGCUGUAGAGGAGGCUGCUCGCAAGGCUGCCGAGGAGGAGGCUGCUCGUGUCGAAGCAGCUACUAAAGCAGCGGAGGAGAAGGCCGCUGAAGAAGCUCGUAUCGCUGAAGAGGCCCGCAUUGCUGAAGAGGCUCGUAUCGCUGAAGAGAAGGCUGUCGAGGAGAAGCGCGUUGCAGAGGAAGCCACUCGCGUUGCCGCUGAAGUCAAGGCUGCUGAGGAGCACCGUCAUGCUGAGGAAGAGGUCGCCCGCAUCGAGGCUGAGGCCAGGAAGGUUGCCGAGGAAGAGGCUGCCCGCGUGGUCAUUGAGGCCAAGGCUGCCGAAGAGAAGGUUGCUGUCACUGUCAUCUCCGCUACCGAGGAGGUAAAGGAGGCCGUUACUGAGGAUGAUUCUGAUAAGGUUGCUGCUGCUCUUGUUGCCGCCGAGGACCAGUCGUCGCCAUCUGCUCCUGCUCUCGCUGCCGCCGUUGAGGAGAAGGCCGAUAUUCCAGAGGUAACAGCAAUCCCCAGCUUGAAGCCUGCAGAGGAAAUCAAGACGACCACCCUUGAUGUCACGGAAUCUGCCCCUGCUGCACCCUCAAGGACCUUGUCCUCGAGCAGCAAGAAGGAAAAGAAGGUCAAGAAGGAGAAGAAGGAGAAGAAGGAGAAGGCCUGCAUCAUCAUGUAAACGCCAGGUUUACGCGAUCUCUCUUUUUUUGCUACUUUUGUGUUAUAAUACCUAUUCCUCUAUAUACAUACUCACAUUUUUUUAACGACAACAAUACCAUCCACACGCACCUUUCAUUAAUGACGGCCGACAACAAAAUGCCCAACAGAGAACCUUGGCCGUAGGUAUCAUCAUACUAAAAAUAGUACCCUAGAAUAAACGUGUGCAAUAAUAAAGAAAUGCGUUUGAAUAAUCUUUAAAA